AUGUCGCCAAACAAUAACACGAUCCCUGACUCGGAUGUUAAAACCCCCACAGUCGACCAGCAUCAGGAUCCUUCCCAGCCCACCAAAAUGCCCCGCUGCAGGUCUGGCAGUUCCAAGUCACAGUCCUCCCCUUUGAAACCUUCCGACCCAAUUUCGACCGCGUCGUUGUUUACGCCUCGCGCUUUUCCUCCACCUUCUCUCGCGGGCGUGCCUGUCGAGUAUAUUAUUGAGCAACUCCGUAAUUAUGCACCCGAGUUGUGGGACAAGCCAGAGACUGCAGACUGUACCCUUGUCAUUCCUGUACCACAUCCUCCUGGGAAACCAUUAACCGCGUUCUCUCCAACGACUGAACCCGGCAUAAGUCGACGAGUCACAGAACCAGCAUUGAAUGCAGUUCCCAAGAUUUCCUUGAAGCUGCAUGUCGACUACCUCUGUGCCCACUCCACCCUUCUACGAAGCUUGUUCAGUGGCGCGUCUUCGCUCGACCUUAUUAGCACUGCCGCUCUCACGCAAGCGCCGUCGCAACCCACUCCCUCAGGCCAAUUUGCCGUCCCCACCAACCGCCUUCCCCGUCUCAUGCCAUGCUCUCCCGACCACCCCAUUCUCUUCCUCCCCAUUCCCGACCCCACAUCGAUUCACCUGCUCAUACAUUGGAUGUAUUUCGGCAGCACAUCCUUUAUCGAGGACAGUCUGAACGACGGCUCGGUUGAGUGGGAGGGCAUUGCUCGCAAUGCCGAAUACCUCGGGCUCCCUGUCGACCUCAAGCUGUUCCUGGGUCAGUGGUACACCAAGUGGGUACACAACCGCGGGAAUAGCUAUGUCUCUGAGGGGGAAGAGGGGGAAGAAGAUGACGACGACGAUGAUGCGGCAACUGUCUAUUAUUCUGACGAGGAGGCUGAAGUCACGGACAAGGUCGAUUUAGGGGCGGCUCUGGCCGCUGAUGAUAACGCAUCUGACGAUGGCGCUGCUGCUCCCAAACGUGGUCGAGCUCGCAUUCGCCCCAUUUCCGUCUCAUCUGCUCAUAGCGUCUGA